GCACAGCGGGGCCGGGCUUCAGAAGUAACGAGCGACCUCCGUGGGUCCAAGUGCUAGGAAGGGCGCAGCUCAGCAAUAGCUAGCCGUGAGCCUUGUGGCCGUGAACGCCAUGGAUCCUCCGUACCAUCCGUCCGACGCGACGCGACAAGCGAAUGCGGAACGACCGUCAGCGUACGAACAAACCCCCUACUACCAGUCGCAGAAUGGCCCCCCUCCACCUGCUCCAGGCCACUAUCACCAUCAACAAUACGUGCAACAACCUCUGGCGUACCCUCCAUCGGACAUCACGCCGCAAUAUCUUCCGCCACUUCACAACGUUAUACACACGACUAGUACGCAAGAUGCGCGUUACCAGCAGGCACAGUCGCGGCCGCAAGCACAGCCGAACUUGCACACGUACGCGCAUACCGUACAGCCGGUGCAGCAGGAGCCGCCACCCGGGAGCAGUAGUGUGCAGGUAGACGAAGCAGACGCUACGUCCCUGCCCGAGGCGCACACCAAUUGGACGUACAAGCUAGAAGUGAAGCAACAGCCGGCCCGAGCACGCAUGUGCGGCUCUGGCGAAAGGGACCGAAGACCACUUUCGCCGCCGCCGUGCAUACGACUGGCCAUCUUCGAUCAGGACGGUGUCGAGAUCAAUUACGACAACAUCGACCCUUCCCUAUUCAUUAUUCUCGUCGAUUUAUGGAACGUCGACGGGACGCAGGAGAUGAAUCUCACCUCUGCAGUGUCAAACUCUACCAAUGAUUCGGGGAUCACCACACCAUCCACGACGUACAUGCCCCUUGGGAACGAGCCGGCAUCUCUGGGCUACCAAAAUCCCGCGCAGGCUUCAAUGCGAGACGUCACGUAUGGCGGACAUCAAUCCAAUGGCUACCCUGCAGCAGAAUACGCAAUGCAACCCAAUCCCGCGCAUGCCCACCCAUCUAGGAACUCGAACGGGGGGUACACUCAUUCACCCAUGCUCCCUUCUCAACAGUAUUACCUCCCUUCGGACUAUAGACCCGUGCCGCCGGGUCUCAGCACAUUGCCUACGCAGGGCUACGACACGCCGAACGGAUACGGAGAAGGCAGCGGCCCACCCGUCGCUCAAAUACCUGGAAAGGCCUCUAGCAGAUAUAACUUGGUCGGGAACCGCGCGGUGACUGCGUUCAUCCUCCGAGACACGGAACAGCGGCCUGGCGUCUGGUUCAUCCUUCACGAUCUGAGCAUUCGCCACGAAGGGUUCUAUAGACUGAAAUUCUCUGUUGUUCACAUGCUUAGACCUGGCGCUAGGCACAAGCAGGAGGCCAACAUCACCAAGGAGCGAACGCCCAUCCUCGUGUCGUGCUUCAGUCAAGCAUUCCAGGUCUGGUCCGCGAAGAAGUUUCCAGGCGUGAAGAAAAGCACUGCCCUAAGUAAGGUAUUUUCUGAUCAAGGGAUCAAGAUACCCAUUCGCAAAGGUGGCGAGGGUAGCGACGACGAAAACCAAGCUGAAUAAAAUGCUGUGCGGCAACUUCCCGCUUGCUCGAGGACGUUGCUGCCGUUUCCCCAAGAUGAGCGCGGGCACAACCAAUGCGGUCGCAACGACCUAUCUCCCCAGGAAGUGAAGACGAUUAGC